AUGCCUCUAAAACGGGUUGCGGUGUGUAUGAAUGACAAUGCCCCAGUCUGGCUAUAUCCCCGGUCCCCAGACGAUUCACGCAUUCAACUCGGCAUUGAGUUUCCCACCAAUCGGAUCAUCACACGAGUUCGCGCCGUGGACGCCGAUAUUGGUCCAAAUGCACGCAUUCAUUACUCCCUCCAGGAGGUCUCCUUUGUGCACUUCAACCAUCCGCCGACAUGCGAUUUGCUGCGUCUCUUCAGCCUCGAAAAGGACCGGGGUCUCCUGCGCAUGUUGGAGGACACCAUGCAGGGCGUUAGCCCACAGGCCUGUCUACAGCCCGGCGACUCCGUACGACUGCUUCUCCGCGCCACGGACUCAGGC